AUAGAUUUAUUCUGGGAUUAAAUGAAAUAUAGCAUAGAAACUGUACGUUAUUUACUUCUAGUAAGUAAUAUGUAUAGUAAGCAGUAUUGAUGUAUAAUAGUGAGUAUUUAUAGUGUGUGUGCAUAUAUACUUAGUAAGUACAUGGUAAGUUGUGUGUCAUUUUUAGUUUCUUUUUGUCUAUACCCUAGACUCCCCACAAAUAAAAAGAUAGUUAUACAAAAAUCCAACUCAAACAAUGAACCAAUUCGUUUUCUUUAUUUAAUUCUUCCCCUUUUGUCCCAUGUUCUCUGCUUUGGUGCUUUUGUGAAAAUAGCAAUUCACAUGAGACAAGGCCAGUACCCUUCCCCAUUCCUGUGCACAGUCCCUGAAACUGCGCCAGGCAGAUGGCCUUUUCUAGGCAUUAAUGUUCUCAGGGUCAUCAGCGAGGAUUCCUGGACGUUUGGGAACAAAUGGUUUACAACUGAUUGUAGAUGGCGGUUGCUGGAGAACGUUGAGGGGCUGUUGCUAUGGAAAUGAAGAAAAGGUCAAAUCAAGGACAGACUGAGGAUAGAUCGAGGGCACGUUAAGAGGUGGGAGAGCAAGAAGGAGAAGCCGAGGCAGUUUGGGGGUUCCGCAUGAGCAGCAGAAAUGAGGGCAGUUGGAAAACUUACAACGAGAGGUGGAAAAGGAAAGACUUGGCUGGUUCCCUGUGUGUGGAGUUCUAGGUGGCACCAGAACACUCAAGAGCUACCCUGGAAUCUGAGGAAUCAAAGCCACCAGCAGAGAACAUCCAGACGCUGGGACUGCCACUUCGCUGAAGGGUGUUUCUGCCUUCCGUGGAAAAAAAUGCACAUUUUUAAAGCAAGACAAGAUUCCCCAAAGCAAAGCAAAACAGCUACCUCUCUCGGUCUGGAAGUCAUGGCCUUAUAUGAAGAGACAUCAUCUGCUCCCACUCAGGAGAAUGCUUACCGGAGCUCCUCGGAGGACUUGUGCUAUGCCUCCAUCAACCACAGUGUCGCUGGGAGAAGGCCAACAGGGAACUUGGCUGAGGAGUGCUAUGAGAACGUUUCCCUCACGGCUGAGAGGCCGAGAGAGUCGCUGGGAGGAACUGAGACCGAGUACUCGCUUCUUUGUGUGCCUGCCACCCCCAGGCACCCAUCCUCCCCAGAAGAUCAGUAUGAACUUCUUAUGCCCAGUAGAAUCUUCCCUCACUCUGUGCGACAGCCGCACUCACUUACGUCCCCUUCUCAGGCUCCAUUUUCCCAUUUAUAAUGAAGUGGUUGGACCAACUUUUAACACCAGCAAAUAAAAGCCAGUGGUAGGGA